AAAGUCAGUUGUUCAAACUGAAAAACACGCUGCCUGCAUAGACUAUUCAAGAGACGGAGGUCAUGGAGCAGGGACGCCGAAUAAGAGCCUACCUCUGACUGAGCUACAGAUUUUUUUUAUUUUUUUUUAAACCCUCACAAGUAUUAAUACAGGUUGCGUCAUUUAAUUUUACUUUCCAUGAUUGAGUUUGACAUUUUUUCUGUGUCAUGUCAAGCUGAUAACACUAAUCACGACUCGUCUCGGAAUCUGCUGAGUGCGCUCACUGGAUGCUUUGGGCGAACAGGUGGCGCAAGCUCCGGUUCGCUUAAUUUGUAUUAGGGGCAAGACGCAGACGGACCGGAGUUAACGCACCGGACGUUAAGCAUUUAAUACCCGCCUUAAAGGUGGGAAAGGGACGAGCUGCGUAAUUUUCUCCCUUGUUAAAAGGGGACAUUUGAUAAGGCAGCUGUGAUGCCAGUUGCCGACAUGGUAGUAGACAACAGCCACGGGUUAGGCCUAUAUGAGGGCAAAACCCCAAAUAGUGCCGGGAAUGACAGCAUCCUCCCGGCCUCUCUAUGCAGUCCUGCGGCGGACAUCCUCAAGAACUUUUAUCACACCAAACGGGUCGGGAACUAUCUGAUCGGGAGGAAGCUGGGAGAAGGAUCGUUCGCCAAAGUUAGAGAAGGUCUCCAUGCGUUGACUGGGGAAAAGGUGGCGGUGAAGGUGAUUGACAAGCGAAAGGCCAAGAAGGACUCGUAUGUGACCAAGAACCUGCGGCGGGAGGGCCACAUCCAGCAGAUGAUCCGCCACCCUAACAUCACGCAGCUGUUGGACAUCCUGGAGACAGAGAACAGCUACUACCUGGUGAUGGAGCUGUGUCCCGGCGGGAACCUCAUGAACCGCAUCUAUGACAAGAAACGCCUGGAUGAGCGGGAGACUCAGAAAUACAUCCGGCAGUUGGUGCUGGCCGUUGAGCACUUGCACAGGGCAGGCGUGGUGCACAGGGAUCUGAAGAUAGAAAACCUUCUGUUGGAUGAGCAGGACAACAUAAAGCUCAUAGAUUUUGGCCUCAGUAACUGCGCAGGCAUCUUGGGAUACUCAGACCCAUUCAGCACCCAGUGUGGAAGUCCGGCCUAUGCCGCCCCAGAGCUGCUCUCCAGAAAGAAGUACGGGCCGAAGGUGGAUGUCUGGUCCAUUGGUGUGAACAUGUAUGCCAUGUUGACUGGGACUCUGCCGUUCACUGUGGAGCCCUUCAGUCUCCGAGCCCUGCACCAGAAGAUGGUGGACAAAGAGAUGAACCCUCUACCUCCCUCGCUCUCCACAGCUGCCAUCUGUCUUCUGAAGAAGCUUCUUGAGCCAGAUCCCAACAAGCGUCCCAAUAUCCAUCAGGUGAUGGCUGAUUCCUGGCUACAGCUGGCCAACAAGAACACAGGGGCACCGUACCUCAACAGGAUCCACAUUGAGGAAAUAAACCACACGGUAUUGCUGCAUAUGACGGAGAAGAUGAGCUACAAGCACAGUGAGGUGCUGAGCGCUGUCCUCACCAACCGCGCCUGCCACACUCUUGCUGUCUACUUCCUCCUCAACAAGAAAAUGAAGAGACUCUCUAAAGAGUACAGGGAGAUGCAGUUUCAAGAAAAUAAGAAAGGAGAAAAGCAGAAAAGCGAAUACUUCCAGACCCAGUGGAGGAAGCACGUGGACAAGCUCACUAUACCCCCCAAGCAGACGCCCGUCUACCUGGCGGUUGCCAAGGGGCCCAGCAAGGAGAAGAAACACAGAACAGGUUUAUUGCGUGCCAUAACUGGUGGCCAUCGUAAUUCACCUCUGGCACCACCUGGCACCGUCGCCUCUUCCUCCAUGGAAUAUCUAGAGAUCCAACCUCUCUUUUCCAACACCCCUCAGCAACGGAGGCGCUUGGCCACCCUUCCACAAGUCAAUACGAGCCCAGAACACAACAUACCUGCCCCACCAGCUCCAUCACCGAUCGGCAUGCAUUCCUUCGGCUCCCUCUCCAAAGCCGAGCAAAUUGAAGACACCCCCGCCUCACCCUGGUACAAGCUGACCAAUGGGACUCUGUCCCCGCCGCGCCACGUCUCUGCCUUCCAACCCGACUCCUCUUACUUGAAGAAGGCCACAAUCCCCAGUCCUCCCGUCCUCAUUGUCAACCCGCAGCCCAAGAAGAGCAUCUCGUCAGAUUGGGGCGGUUCUUCUGACACCAGCGGCAGCCCUCCCAGCACUGUAGGAAGCCCCCCGGGGAGCUCGGCUUUCAGCCCUCCAAAGUCCGCCUUCAGUCCCCUCAACCCCACCUCAGCAUUCAGUCCUCCUUCCAACAGCAGCAGUAGCGAUCCCGACAGCCCGACGCACCGCAGCAAGUUCCCCUCGAUGGGAAUUGGACAGAUCCUAAAGAAGAAGGUCCAGCUGCAGCCAUUCUCUUUCCGGCCAGAACAGGUCGUUGAGGAAGUGGUGUCCCCGCCUCCCUACCCCAUGCAGACUCUCCUCUGUGCUUCAGGUGCACUCAAGACCCUUUGCUGAGGGAUACACUACACAAGAAAAUGAAAGAAAGACUGAACUCAAGCCCCCUCUCAACAUUUUGUUUAAGUUGGAGAGGUCUUCCAGAGCGGCCUUUUGAACUGUGAACUGUCCCUUUAUUGCGACUGAGCCACUUUUCAAGACAGACUUGAUCAUUUAAAAAAGAAAAAAAACGGAGGCAACAAAAGGGGGUUUGAGUGAGAGUAUAAAAUAUUGUAUCUCUCGUUACCGCUCUCAUUAUGUAAUAAGAAGUGGUGACGCUAAGAAGAUGAGAUUUGAAACGGAUCCCUGAGCAAUGACUAAACCUCGCUAUGGCCUAGAUCCAGAGUGGACAUCCACAUGGUACAUCAUGUAUUACACACACACACACACACACACACACACACACACACACACACUGUAUUAUAGACUGAGUUAAGAGGUACUCUCUUAUGUAGUAUUGCUGUAACUGGUUACUAAUUGAGCCGCAGACUGAUUCACACCAGCUAACAGACCCCAACUCUUACCCUAACCCUGAUUAUGUGUAUAAAUGUUUUGUCUCUGUGAAAACACUCUCUACGAUAGCCUACCCACUGACUUCCAGCCAGCUGGCACUGUAUCCUCAAUGCUGCCUGGAUGAAGAAGCUCACUGCACUAUUCUU